UAUACCUCUUAGUUACACAUCUUAGUCAGUCAUAGUAGAGCGUAAUAGAUGGUGUUGGUUAUCCCACGCAGGUGACUAGAUAAUAAUAAUUAUCUGACAUAAUUCUUAUCGUCUUGAUGCCUUUUUCAACUCUGCAACACAGUUUCGUUGUAAUUGCUUGCAUACUACACAAAAGAAUGAUGUUACAAUGUUGAGAAAGUGAUUCUGUUUUAUACUUAUUUACGCCUGUUAUCCCUUUGUGAAGGAGCAUAGGAUUCUCCAUCAAACUUUAUCCUGUGUUGAUCCUUUCCAGUUAUUUUAUGUUUAAAAUUUUUCAUUCUAUUUUGAUAUAAUUUUAUAAAAACCUUAUUGUCAUGCAUGGAGAACAACAACAGUAUCGUACAAAUAAUAAUUCUUGUGAAAGUCAAUUAUUUACUUCACCAUAUUUCACUUGUUUCUGUUAUAAUGGAAUUAAUGUUACAACUUCUCAGUUAUAUCAACAAAAUUCAAUUAGUUCUUCUACUACAACUUGUACAUCAAAUCAUUUUGGUUGUUCAACAACAUCACCAAUAUCUUCUAGUAAAUAUGAUGUAGAGUUCUUGGAUUUAACGGAUUUAAUUGAUUCAACAUCAAAUGUAUCAUAUACAGAUUGUUCAUUUUCUGUUGAUUAUCCUACUGAAAAAUUAUUUUCAUGCUCUGAUAUUAUUGAUGAUGAUCAUGGAUUUUCUCGUAAUGAUACCAUUUCAAUGUUAUGGCCAUCACAUACAAUUUCAGCAUUUCUUUACGAUUCUAUGCUUGGGGGUAUCAAAGAUCCAAACAGUUCAACUGUCGGUGAAAAUGAUAUUUGUUCUCGGUUAUCAUCGACUCAUACGACUCCAUCAUCAAAUUUAUUAACUGGUGGAAAUUACAACUGUCCACCGAUAACUACACCUUUGUCAUCAUCGUCAUCAAUAUCAUUAUCCUCACGGAAUAGAUCAAACAUAGAAUCGAUCAUUCGAACUGAUCAUAUACAUGACAAUCGUGAUCCUUGUAUUUACACAAAUUUAAAUGUUGUUCCUGUUGGUGGAAAUAAUACAUCAUGUAUGUCAGCUUUAUGCAGUAGUGGUGCUGGAAAUGAUGAUAUUGAUUCACGUCGUAUAAUUAAAUCAAGUGUUAUCCCGACUGGUAUUGAUGAACCCAGUAAGCGUGAAAUAAAAUCUCUUCAUUUCCAACCAAAUAAUCCACUGAUUGCAUCUUCGGGAAUUUUCGAUUCUUAUUAUGGAAUUGAUUCUGUGUGUGAUGGAAAUACAAUUCCAAGCGGUUGGUCAAAUACAACUAAUGUCAUUAAUCCAGGUUGCGUUGUGGCAGGUUCUGUUCAUACAUCAAAUUUCCCUUCACAUAUUUCCAAUGAUAAUAAUAGUAGUGCCUGUCAGUUGACGUCUGAGUUGACUUCUGUUCCCGCCUAUCCCAAUUCUAAUCCCUCUAUCCAUCCUGAAUCUACUCAUCCGACACAUGUAAAUAUGGGAAUGAAUUAUUCUGGGGCUGGCGGGGUUGGUGGUAAUAUGUAUGCACCGACUACACUACAACCUUGUCCAUUGGUUGGACUAUCUGAUCCUUCCAUCCAACACCCAUGCAAUAUACCUCAACCUGUUCAUCCUUUAGAUCCUAAUCCUUCAUAUUCUUCCAUUGGGGAAUAUACAAUUCAUCGUCAAUCUUCUGAUAUAACCCCACCAUCUGGUCUAAUACCUUCAGUUGUCUAUGAACAACACUCACUUGCAAAUCUCAAUACACAUAAUACAACUUCAAAUAAUAAUAGUAAUAAUAGCACUACUAAUAAUAAUAACAAUUAUCAAAGUGAUAUGAUGAGUUGUAGUCGUGAAGCACUGAUAGCAUUAGCAGGAUCUGGCGUAGAUGAAAUGAAUUUCACAACUCGUUCAUCUAAUAUAAGUUUAACACAUUCCUCUACACCAACCUUAUCUGCUAGCAAUUCUACAUCUCAUGGCGGUGGUCGUGGAACAAGAGGUGGUCGUGUUGCUGGACACAAGCGUCGAUCAUCAUCUGUUAAUCCUUCCAAUUCUCUUAAUUUAGAAUCAAAUGGAAAUUCCAUCGAAGCUAACACUAGCGAUAUGACUUUGGGGCUGUCGAAUGCUUGCCCAUUAUCCUCUAAUACUGGUAUGAGCUCAGAAUGCUCAUCUCUUUUCGGUGAUUUUGACAGUAGAAAUUUCGGACAUGGUCGUACACCAAGUGUAUGUGGUACUGACUCUGAAGAAACUAUUGACCCAGACGAAACACCUGAGCAAAGAGCUGAAAGAGAACGUAGUCGUAGGCAGGCGAAUAAUGCACGAGAGCGAUUACGAGUUCGUGAAAUCAAUGAUGCUUUUAAAGAAUUGGGUCAAAUGAUUAAUUUGCACACGGGAAAUGGUCAACCUCUGACAAAACUCAUGAUUCUUCAGCAAGCUGUAACAGUUAUCACAGGUUUGGAACAACAAGUUAGAGAACGUAAUUUAAAUCCUAAACAAGCUUGUUUAAAACGUCGUGAGGAGGAAAAAAGUGGUGAAGCACCACAUUUCAGUGGUAGCACUGGAGGUGGCUGUGGUAGCAGUAGUAGUAGUAGUAAUAAUACACAUAUCAAUUCAAUUGGAAGCGCCAUAAAUCGUUUGUGUAAUACUAAUUCAGUGAAUUAUUCUACUCCUGUUGUAACAUCGUCAUCACAAAAUCCAUCAAGUCAUAUAUUGGAUUAUGAUCCACGUCUAUCUCAUAUUACACAUGGAACUGCUGUCUAUGGUGAAAAUUUGCCAAUAGUUAAUAGUCGUAAUGAUUAUGCAUCAUCGAAUACUGGAUCUGCUGGAGAUGUUUGUACUCCUGGCUAUUUACAUUCUGAAGUUCAACAAUGUCCAUCGGAAACGUAUACCCAUAUUACAUCACAACAGCAACCACAUCAUUUGUCGAUAGUUAAUAAUAGUUUCACUAAAAAUGCUACUAAUAAUAAAUCUUCAGAUAAUUGGCAUUCUGGUUCCAUAAUACAAUCAGUUCAAUCCACACAUUCAUUAAAUAAUAAUUCACAAAGAUUUGGAACUAUUGGUAUGACAAGUCAUAAUUCAGGUGAAGAAUACGAUGAUGAUGAAGAUGAGGAUGAUGAAGACGAUGUUGAAAGCAGUGAAGAUGAAACUAAACCUUCAAUAGUACGUUCUAUUUUAAAACCUGAUAUAGACAAUGAUAACAGGCAUUCUUCUGUUCAUCAUUCAUCUACUUCUGUCCGCUCUGAUAAUAACAAUAAUAGUAGCAGUGGAAGUUGAAUUUUUUCUCUUUUUAUCUCUUUUUUUUCAGAUGUUUUAAAUUUUCACAAAAUCAUCUCUAUUAUAUUAUUGUUAUGAAUUACUACUUAUUGACUAGUCCAGUAAUAUUUGUGCAUUUAUAUUGUUUGAAUUGCAUUUUCAUGCUUAUUGAAGUUCUUUUUCUAAAUAUUAUGCAUUUAUGCUAGUUUAUUUUAAGGUUUAUUAUUUCCACUGUUAUAAUUACCAUUAUUAUAUAAAUUAAGUAAUCAUAUACAUUAUAAAACAUUACAAAAAGUUUAAGAUCCUAUUAUGCUUAUUUUUAUGCUUAGUAUUGAUUAAUUUUAUAAAACAUAUACACAACAUUGUUAUAAAGUGACAUAUUAAUCUGUAAUAAUGUUAAUUAUGGUUAUUUCCACCCCUAUCUAUCUAUCUAUCCAUCCAUCGUCAAGUUACUUGUUCUUUCAGUAUCCAAUAUUCCUUCAUGGAAACGUUUAUAUUUUUUGUCUUAUGCAUUUAUUGUUUAAUUCUCCUCCUCCUCCUCCUCCGGUUGAUUUCAUCUUUGAUUCAGGUUACUUCUGGGAUUUGUACACAAUCAGUUACCUGUUUCAAAAUCUAUAAGUGUAUCUAUGUUUGUUGAUCUGUUAUUACUAUUAUAGUUGUGUUUAUUCACCAAGUUUAUGUAUUGUAUUGUUUCUAAAUUUAAUUGUUCUAGAGUAUGUUCUUGAAAUUUAAAAAAAAAGAAUAAUGUUUUG